UGUUCCGCAAAGUUGACAAGUUUCGCGUUGACAGCAAUUGCGCUUGGCGUCGGGCGCGAUGCUCCGCGAGGGCGAGAACGCCAGGGCGGCAGGCUAAUUCGAUCGCGCGUCUCUCCGACGUUUCUUCAUUUCUCCUUUCUCCUCCCGACAAGCGGAUUAAAUUUUAUCUCUUCAUCCGCGAUAGCGAGGGAAUCUCGCGCAUUUUUUUGUCCCGCGGUCGAUAAUAGGCCGCCGUGCCGGAGGUGUCGCGAGUUGGCGUGUUUUGUCGGGGACGCAACGCUCCACGCACCGCUCGCGUUUCCACGCGUCGGCCGUGCUGUCGAUAAAAAUCUUCGUAUCAAUGGAACGUUAUACCGCGAUCCAUCGGUCCGCGGGCAUCGACUGAUUUCCCGGCGUGCCCGGGCGAGAUCGUUUUUGCGACUUUACGUCGCCCGUCACUUUUCGGUAUGAAGUUAACUUAAAAAAUUUCAAGUUGUCACAUCGACUCCGCGCGGAGCUUCGUAUGAGCGCAUUACUAACCGCCGUUAUCACCGUAUCGCAUCUGUGAGAGUGUGUACGAGGGAGAGUAAACGGGAACGUUUCCGACACAACGUUGGUUUUUGCAUUAACGCGAAUCGCGUAGAAGCGAAACUUGGUCGAGCGUGCGGUUUUGCUGGCUGGUCCAUGCCACUGCGAGGAUGCUGGCGUGCGUCUAUCCGCGAGAAAACUUCGAGGUGAAAACCGUGGCGGUAAAGCUCCAUCACGGGAAAUCCAAGAGGAAGUCCAAGUCCGUGCCGGUGAAGGAAAAACUUCCUUCGGACGCCGCAGAGACGGAAUGCAACAACGGCGUGCGUGUAAGCAGCGAGUUAGCAGUGGGCGGGGGUGGUGCUGUGCUGGUGCUCAGCGAGCUUGAAAGCAUGGCGGCCAGGCAGCAGCGGGAAAUCGCUCAGCAAAGGCGCCUCCUGGAGCAGAAAGAGGCCCGCUUAGCCGUGCUUCGAGGCGCACAGGAGCCAGCACAGCAGGACAGACUCGCUAGAUUGAGGCACAAGCUGGACCAGCAACAGAGCAAGCUGAAUCGACUGCGAUUACUCAGAUCGCAGACGGACCAGUCGCGUGUCAACAAUGCGACAUUGACCUCCGAUCUGGACUGCAUCAGGGCCCUGUUCAACGAGAAGGAGAAGGAACUCUCGUUGGCCGUGGCGAAGGUCGAGGAGCUGACGCGGCAGCUGGAGGAACUCCGAGGUCGUCAAAAUGCCCCCGCCGGAGGUGGAAGCGCCGGCAGCAUCGGGGGCAGCCUCACGGGUGCCACCGGUAACGGGCAUUUGGUCACCCCGGCCAGCGCCGAACUGGAGAAACUCAGGAGGGAGCUUAUGUAUCGCAACAAAAUGAACGAACAACAAAAUCAAGUGGUGUCCCAACAACGGCAGGCCUUGGCGCAACGGCAGGCUGAGAUGGCGUCGAUAGACGCGCGAAUAGCUCAACUCCAGAGUCGUCUCCAGCGCAAGAGAGCGUUGAAUCAACGAUUGACGCAUCAGGUGGGUCCUAACGGCGGCGGCGGCGUUAACAACACAGGAUUCCCGGAUACGAAGCUCGACGGCUUCAACAACGGCGGUAAGCUGAGACCGGCCGGCAACAUCGCCGCGAUCGAGCCGUAUUCGCACAUACCGAACGACAACGAUUUCAACCUGAACAAAAACGACCCCAAGUACCAGACACUGCCAUACAACACCAAGUUCACGAUGAACUUCAAGGCUAUAGAGGACGACGUGAACAAAAAUAAAAUACAGCACUCGGCGAGCGCCUCCCAGUUGGGACAGCGGCCGACCUUUCAGCAAUACGGGCACCAAAUCGUUCACAGCCAGUCGCAAUCGCACAUUCAGGGGCAAUCUCAAUUACUAGGAAGCAAUCAACAGCAACAGCAGCACAAUCAAAAUCUCAGCAAUCAACCCGCGACGAUCCAGUCAAGUUGCAACUACAAUAACAAUAACAACAACAACAACAACAAUAACAUCUGUAACACUGGGCACAGCUUCAGCCCGGACAAUCUGUCGCAAGGUAUUCGUCUUCACCAGGGCCAUCAGCACCAGCAGCAGACGCAACAGCAGCAACAGCAUCAAAAUGGCAAUCUCCAGCAGAAGCAGCACAAUGUGACCGGCAUUGGCGGUGCAUCGACGACGUCGAAUCUCGUCGGUGUUACCGUUCCGUCGAUUGUGCAAACCACGCAAAAUCAACAUCGAAAUUUGCAGCAGACCGUGGGCGGUCAUCAGAAACCAGUGUCGAGCGUGGCGCCAAGCUUCUCGGUGAAGUCGCAGAUCUAUCAGACCUCUUCGACCAAGAUCCACCCGGUUAUGCCGCAGACAUUGAGCCUGUUGGGUCGCGGACACAACAACGCGCCGCAAAACUACAUCGGCAAUAAUCAACAAUUGGUUGCGGCGGCAAGUGCACAGCUGCAAUCCAACGUUGGGAAUCAAGAAGCGAAUUACAGACAUGGUUACUCUACUCAACAGCAGCAGCAGCAACAGCAGCAGCAGCAGCAGCAGCAAUACCCAAAUCAAACGACAAGCAUUCACACAUCUUCUCCGGCGGCCGUCUAUCAGAUUCAGAGUUCGUCGAAUCUCGUUGGUCUUCAUAGCGCUGCUACCACCGCGACGACCUUUGGCAAUUCUUCUCAAAAGUAUAACCAGUCGUCGCAGGUAUUGAGUUCUAACGAUCUCGCGCAAAGCCAGGAUCAAAUACUGAACACUCAGAAAACCAAAUUCGAACCAAGUAAGAGUCAAGACAAGUUUGAACACGCGUUACUGCCUAGCAAUAAGCACGAACAGCAGCAGCAGCAGCAGUUGAGGUAUGAUCAGAAUCUUACGGGCAAAUACGAGAUCCAACAACAAGGCGGCAAGCACGAUCCAAGUCAGGCGAAACACGAUCAGCAUCUGCACAAUGUUAAAUACGAGCCUGGUUGUCAGAAUUCGCAGCAGUACGCCAAACACGAGCAACAGCAGCAGCAGCAACAGCACGAGGGAAGAUUGCCGAACAAGUAUGAUCACAAUUCAACAUUCAAGCACGACCCUUCGAGUGGCAGCCAGUAUAAGCCGGAGUAUAAGUCUGAGUCGAACAAGUACGAGAGCAGCGGCCAGAGCAAAUUCGAGAUGGUGUCGGCCAAAUACGAACCAAAUUCCGCGACGAAACACGCGGUCGAUCAUGUGGCCGCCAAGUUCGAGAUCCCCGCGAAAACACCGGACAGACCAUUCGAAUUCGACAGACCGGUGACGAAGAGCGGCGACGGCGAAAGGAAGAAUUUCAACGAGCCGCGAAUGGAGGAUAAAAUGAAACCGGCACUGCCGCCGAAACCGAGCAAACCGAAUCCGCCACCAAGAUUGACUCAUCACGAGAAGAUCGACGUGCCGUCGUCCGAAGGGAUCAACGAGUGCAAGAUGACUAACGCAAAUCUGAACUCAAGGUCGGAUAAGGAGGAGGAUAUACCGCCAAUUCCUACGUCGGAACCGCCUGAAUCUCCCACGGAGACGCAGCUUGCCAAUCAUCAAAUUAUCAAGGCUCGGCCGUUGACGCUGAAGAAAGUACCGAUAUCGGAGCAACCCAAGCUGAGAUACGCCAAAUCCAAUGUCCACGUGUCGAUAAAUCGACGAAUUGAGAUGCCCCCGGCCUUUCUGUUUCCGGAGACAGAAAUCCCGGCGGAUCUCAUGCAGACCGAACAACAGCAACAGCAGCAGCAGCAACAUCAGCAGCAAACCAUCGACACCACGGAUAAUUGCAAGAACAUUAUCAGCGACGAUAUCGGCGACGGCGAGAGGCUGGAGGAAGCGGACAUCAUUGACGCUCUGAAUGUCAUCAAUAUAGAGGAUAAGCCGACGAAGAUGAAGACCGAUUCGGAAUUGACCGGUGGGACAGGAGGUGAAAUAGAGAUAGACGGAGGCAAGAUAUCGGAGGUAAUGAGGCGAAAGAAGGGAAAUCUCAAGUCGUCGAGUACGGGAGGUGGAGGUGGCAAGGUCAAUCUGUCCAGGCGGGUGUCGUUCGACCCACUGGCGCUGCUACUCGACGCUAGUCUCGAGGGAGAACUCGAGCUCGUAAAGAAAACCGCGAAAGAGGUCGCCAAUCCGAGCUCCGCCAAUGACGAAGGCAUCACCGCCUUGCACAACGCUAUAUGCGCCGGUCACCUUGAGAUCGUCAAAUUUCUUGUGGAAUUCGGCUGCGAUGUCAACGCCCAGGACAGCGAUGGAUGGACGCCGUUACACUGCGCUGCCAGUUGCAACAAUCUGUCCAUGGUGAGAUUCUUGGUCGAACACGGUGCCUGCAUUUUCGCGACUACCCUUUCGGAUCACGAAACCGCUGCGGAAAAGUGCGAAGAGGACGAAGAAGGGUUUGACGGAUGCUCGGAGUACUUGUAUAGUGUUCAAGAAAAAUUGGGGAUCAUGAAUAACGGUCAGGUAUACGCGGUUUUCGAUUACGAGGCGCAACACGCUGACGAACUCUCGCUGAAGAACGGCGACUCCGUAGUCGUACUUCGGAAGGGGGAUGAUAACGAACGGGACUGGUGGUGGAGCAAACUCGGACAUAAAGAAGGCUAUGUACCUCGAAAUUUAUUGGGGUUAUAUCCCAGAGUGCAGCCAGCGAAAGCGGUUGAUUAAAAAUGCUCGCAGAAUAUCCGAUGAUUACCACAGUAUUCGAUUUGCAGCUUUAUCUCGUUAAUUGUUAUAACACGAUACAUAGGCACAUUAGUAGCGUUAUUUAAUAGUAAUUGCCAUCCGAGCGGAUACGGAUAUCGCGAAGCGGGAGUCUACCCAAUUUUUUAACAAUGUAGUAAUCUUUUAAUUACAGCGUACGUCAUUUUUUUCUUAUAGUUUGUAAAAUGAGAUUGCGUCAUCGUGGAAUUUAAUCGGCGGACGGCUACGACUUGCCAUAAAUCCGCGAGCUGAACGAUCAUGCAGACACACGUCACCCGUAAUUAUUGACGAUGCAUAAAACAUGGCAAUGCAUUUCCCAAUGACUCUUUCUCCCCGCACGUUUUACAUAUGACAGACGUUCUAAUAACGGAUUGCACAACUAUUGGCCGGAUGUCCAGCGGAUUUUAAUGCAUUCGUCCCAAUUUAUAGCUGCACAUACACAUUCUCAACUCAACUUUCUGUUCGAAAGUUUAGUUAAGAAUUCAGAGAUGUCUCAUGUCUCUUAUUUACACUCGUAAAUCAUCAAAUCAUUUUUAUUAUGUGUUUUUAACGUGAACUAUUCGGAGAUUGUGAUUUUUGUUUUGAAAAAUAUCUUUUAGUGUAUAGACUUUUCUGAGAUUGGCAAAAGUGCACGCCUUAAUCCUUGUGAAAUUUCGAGAUAAUUUUUGUUAAGGGUUUCGCGCUCUGUAAUAAGUUCAGUUUUAGCAAUAAAUAAUGGGAUAUUGAACAACGAAAUGCUCGUUGUUUAACGUGAAAUGUAUUUUACUUUUGUCUUUGUAUUUGUACAAAAUUUCAAUUUGAGAUUUAGUUUUUAAGAUACUGAAUGUCCGGAUUUAACAAGUUGUGAGAAAACAAAGAUUGUGCGCGAUACAUUCCUUAAGAGCGAUUGUUUCGAGAUUUCACAAAGAAAUGCUAUAUGUCCAUUUUUUUUACCGAUUUGAGCUAUUCUGUGAUUUACGCGCGAGCAUUGGUUUCACGAGUUUUAAUCGCUUUAAUUUGCUUCACCUAAAUGCUCAAGUUUAGAUGAGGUCAGAUUAUGUUGUUACAUUUACUUGCCCAGGAUAUAUUUUGAUAUGUAUUGUCGGAGUCUCGCGGAUUUCGCUUUCGAUCUCCGAUAUUUUUUUUCGAACUGUUCCUAAAGCGACGUGUAACGUAAUCUUGCCGAUAUACACGAUGAACGAUACGAGAUGACGGUUCAAAUGACGAUGUGCAAUCAUAAUGGAAAAACGUAAAUAGGGUACUAAAGAAAUAUCGAGGAUACGUUUCGAUUACGCCCAACCGUACUACUGAUUCGAUGAUGCCUGAAAUGUCAUAUAAUACUUAGAUGGGCAUGUACAAGACGUCGAUCGUAACGAUCGUCUCUCGAUCGAAUAGACCGCUAUCAGGAAUUUUCUAAGCACCAUCGCUAUUAUUGUACCCUUGUAAUAGAUAUAUAUACAGGUGUGUCAUAUAUGCGAAUGCGAGCCGCUUAGAGGAUUUCUGACUGCUUGUCAAGUGACUUAUGUGCCUUUCAAAAGUAAUAAUGGAUAGAUUAUAUAAGAAAA